AGGUGUAUUUUAUUCAGCAGAUGUACCGUAAACGCAUUACAGCAGAUUAGCUGGAUUUCUUCCUUUAAAUGUACACUGCGAGAUCCAACUUGCAAGCCAGUUGUUUCUUAUCGGCCCGUGUAAUCUUCCAGAGCCCGGCUUUGCUUCUUCCUUUUAGCAGCUAUUUCUGUAACGGAUCGGACGAGGGAGAGCGCCGCUAUGAAUUUUAAUGCUUCCAACGGGGAAUCCCUCCCGCCUCCUCUUUUUGGAUGAGAUCCUCGAGGAAAGACCCAGAACACAGCGAGGAGGAGCAGAGGGACGGCAUAGCCGCAGCAUUGGGGAAAGCGGGAGGGGGAGCCGCCGGAGAGGGGGUGGCAGCCGGAGGGUGUAAUUAGGGAAGGUGGCUAGGACGACACCGAGGCGGGCAGAGAGGCGGGUGGGGAGCGCGGAGCCAUGGGGGAGGAAGGAUGACUCGGGGCGUAUUUCGCUGCCUGACCUCGGCACGUCAGCAGCAGCCGGAGCGCCGCGGUCCCCUCGCCGCCACCCGCGGACGCAUGCACCGGCCGGCAUCCCCCGGGGCCGGCCGCGACGGGGACAACGCCGAGGUGAUCCCGCUGCCCCUGGGGCAGGGCGAGAGGCAGAGCUCGCCGAGCGGGUGCUAGACCGCCUCGCCAUCCGCACGCCGCGGCCCGAGAGGAGGAGCCCCGGCCGGCCGGGAAGCAGCUGGGCGGCGGGCCCCGGGCCGUGCGCUAGGCACUGGCACAGCCGCCGCUCCCACCGGCCCACCCAUGGAUAAAGCGGGCUCGCUCCACACCUCGGUGCCUACGCCGCCGCCCCGGCUCUACCUGCCGCGCAACUUCAGCUGCAGCGCUUGCCUCUAUGGCAGCCUGGCCGAGCAGUGCAAGGGGGGCUGCAGCCCCGACGGUGACGCCGCGCCCCCGCCCGUGGUGCGGGAAGCGGCGGGCGAGAAGCCGCCGCCGCCGCCCCGCGGGCGGGAGCCCUCGCUGCCCGCCGUGCCCCCCAGCCCCACGCAGCGCCGCCGCGCCAAGUCGUUGCCCACGCCCGGCGACCGCAGCCUGCGCCCGGCGCUGCAGCAGAGCCCGUCUCGCCGCAAGACGGUGCGGUUCGCCGACUCUCUCGGCCUGGAGCUCACCUCCGUGCACCACUUCUGCGAGGCCGACCUGCCGCAGGUGCCGCUGCCCGCCCCGCCGCCGCCGCGCACCGCCGACCUCUUUAAGACCAGGAAGCCGCCGGCUCUGGGCGACCUGGAGCCGGUGCUGUUCGGGCCGCCGCCGCCGCUGCUGGAGCCGCUCUUCCCGCCCCAGCCCGGCGCCAGCCCCGGCUUCGCGGAGCGGGUGCGGCAGCACAAGGUGAGGCUGGAGUGGGUGCGGGCCGAGCCGGCGGGGCUGCGCGGCGCCGUGCGCGUCCUCAACCUGGCCUACGAGAAGGCCGUGUCGGUGCGCUACACGCUCAACCGCUGGGCUAGCUGCGCCGAGGUGGCCGCCGCCUACCAGCCGGCCGGGCCGGCGGACGGCCUCACCGACCGCUUCGCCUUCCUCCUGCCCCUGGGCGCCGCCGCCGCGGAGGCCAAUCUGGAGUUCGCCGUCCGCUACCGCGUCGCCGGCGCUGAGUACUGGGACAACAACGAGGGCGCGAACUACCGGCUGCGGGGCCGGCAGCGCUUCUCGUCCGCCGCCGGUCCCCCGCAGGACCCCGACAGCACCGCCUGGAUCCACUUCAUCUGAGGCGGGCGGCGCGGCGGGGGGCGGCCGCCUCCUGACGGAGCCGCUGCCUCAGCGCUGAGGGAGCCGCCGCCCGCGGAGGAAGCGCGGAGCCCUGCGGAGCCGGCGGGCCGGUCCUGCCCCCGCUGAGGGCCGAGGCGGAGCCCGGCGGCGGCCCCUCACGGGAGGGCUCGGCACCCCUCCGGCCUCGCUGGCCGCCCUGCCCUCCCGGGGAUCUGCGGCCCCGCGCAGGCCUCGUUUCCAGCCGCUUCUCUGUAAGUCGCUGGAAGAUAUUUUCCUGAAUUCUGUUUACAGAUGGGAGUUCAGCUGAAUACAGGUUGUGCUGGUGCCAAAUCUGGGUGCUAAUUUUCCAGGAUUUAGGCGUGUAUGCAUGUGCAGGAGAGGGACCUCUACAAAUACAACUUCUGAGCAUGGUAAAACUGAUGUGAGUGUGAUCUUCCGAUGAUGGAGGGCUGUAAGAUCGGGGCUUUAAUGUUUUGGAUCUUCUCUAGAUUGUUUAGGAACAAAAUGGAAUUUUUUUAAACUACAUUUUUGUGUUCCUCGAAAGGGUUAAGUGUCCCAAACAGCUUGAGUAAUGUUGAGUUCUCAUAGAACCUUUUGACUUUGGUGGGAAUUGGGAGCACUUUUGUCUCCUGAGGGUCUGGUUCAGUCAGACUUACAAAUUCUGGGGGAAAAAAGAUCUGGAAACUUGACGGGAAAAGAGUAUUUCAUGUAAUUUCUCUAGACCAUUGUUUCUGAUUUAAUAGAAAUAAUAGCAAGAGUAGCAUUUCUGUAGUAUUGGUAACUUCGUUUUAAUUUCCCAGUCAGUUUUCUAAUCCCUGUGUUUUUAAUAGAAACAAUAUAAAAGAAAUGUACUGUCAACGUCGACUGAGUAUUUCACAUUUUAGAAUAUUAAGGUCCCGAUCUUGUAAUAAAAUAAUCCUAUAUAUUGCUAGUACACAUUUAUAAAGCUAGAAUUGCAGAACUAGCGUCUUAAAAUGUUCAUGGUUAAAACAUAUUAAAUGGUGUAUUUGAUAAAGAAAGCCCAAGUGUCUUUUAGUUAAACUUUUUUUUUUUUUUUUUAAUAAGAGCCUUAAUACUGGAGAGAAGGAAAAGGACUUGUCUCCAUUUGAAAGCACUUUAAAACCUGGUGGAAAUAUAGCCAAACAUCUUUUUUUUUGUGUGUGUGUGGUAGCUUUCCAGAAUAUUUUUUGCUUGGCCUUUUGAACCCAUAUAGUGAACCAACAACUAUUACGUAGAUCGAUGAAAAUGCUUUGAGAAAAAAUACUUUCUAUGCAUUUUAGGUUAACUGAUGCUGCAACUUUGCUGAUAAAGAUUUAACAAGAUUUUCUGUUUACUGUUUUAAUGGCUUUAGAAACAUAAACGGUGCUAAAGCCAUUUAACAGUGAAUAACUGUAAUUCUAGAAUUUCAGAGUUAUUUUCCAGUGAAUGAAUUUUCAUUGUGGUUUGAUUUAUGCAGCAUCUUCAGGUCUCUAAUAAUUUAAAAACCUCCUUAUAGCAACUGUGUCUUACACUCUUUAAAUCUGGUAUACCUAAACAGAUGUACAUGCAUCAACUACACUAGCAAGUUAUUGUAUUACCCUUUUUUUUAUCAUAUCUUAGGUGAAGUUACUGUUGCUCUCAGUGCAAAUUUUGUAGGCAGGAUUGGGCUAUGGCUUCAUAAUACUCUUCAGAUAUUAUUGCUCUUUUAUUUAUGGCCCCCUUUGUCAAACACAAAUCUGCAUAUUAACUCUUUGGAGGAUGUAGCAUGGCAGAAGAAUGUUUUGCAAUACAGAGACUCCUGAGCUUUCAAGCAGUUAAGCCUGUCCUCAACGCUAAAUUAUGUGAGUAACUUUAUGGGCUUGAACGUGAUAACAGAUUAUCAGUGAUAAAUGUGCAAGUCCAGUAAAAGGCAUGGUCUUGUAGAAGGGUUUAUGAACACCUACUUUUUAAAGCCUGGAAAGAUAAGGUUGUACCCAGUCAGCUUUGACUAGAUAAUGCUGUGGAAGAAGUUUGAGAUGUUUUAAUAGAAAAUUAUCAAUGGUAUAUGCCAAAGCUGCACUACUUUGAUUACACAUUUUCACUUCUAUCACAUUAAUUUAUUUCCAAGCAAGACUUAUUCAGAUUUCCAAAAACAUGUUCAGUUGCAAUGACCAUGAGUAUUAUUUCCACUGGUAGUAUUCAUGUACAGUUUCCAAUCCUUUAGAUUUCAGUCUGAUGCUAUCUGUAUGUGGCUUGCUAGAAGCAUUGUGAUAAAUGGAGAUGAAAUAAAAAUCUAAAUAAUAAUUAUAUAAUAAUUCUGUAAAUUAUUACUUUGAGGAGAAAAACCUGUGUUGAACAGGAUAAUUUUCAAGUUGGUGGGACAUCAAUCAUUUUAACGGGAGCGGGAGCAAAACAACUUUUUAAAAUCACAUUUCUAAAGAAUAUGAUUCCACAAAAUGAACUUUUACGGGCAAAGUAAAAUAUUUGAAAAAUUUCAAGCCAACCUUUUUCUUGAAAAAUGUCAUCUCUUUAUAUUUUUAUUUACAUGAAUGGAGCCCGUGCCACCUUCCUUUCCAAGUGACACUAGAAUGGUUUAGGCAAGGCAAUAAUUCUUCAGUCACGUACUUCACUUUUCACUGAAUUAGUCAUUGCUUAUGUCUCUGUAGAUGUAAAAACGUGUCUGUCAUUUAUUGCGUGAAGUCGUAGCUUUAUGAAAUGUGCCAUGUUAUUUUGUGUGCAAUAUAAUGAUACUUUAUACAGCGAGUCAAAUUGUACUGUGUGUCUGAUCUACAUUGAUGUUUGCUGCUUCACGCUUAAACUGGUAGAUUUUUUGCUUGUGAUUCUAUUCCUUUCAUGGCAAUAUUUUUGAAAUCUACCCUAAUUAUUAGAAAUCCUAAAAGGAAUCAGAACUAUUAAAUGACUAUAAAUGGAAUUUCAGCUAGCUAAACAUACUACUAUUUAUUAGCAUAAAAUCAGUAACUGAAACUGUCAUACUAAUUUUCAAUAAAUGUACAUAAUUUCAGGUAAAUUAAUUUUUUAUCCUUUUACCAUUUGCAAGUACCUUUUUGAUGUGAAUGUGUGUGCCUCGGUGUCUCAGUAAACGAGAGUAACUGCACACCCUUUGUUGUUUCAGCAUAUGUGAGGGGAAAAUGUAUCACUUGAAUGAACAAAUGUCUGUUCAUGCAUAAGUAUGAUCUCUUUACAGAUACACGAAAGGUUUUUCCAUAGCGCCAACAGGCAAACAUCUGCUAAUUCUAUAUUUUAAUGUAAAGUAACCUACAGAAAUAUACAGAAUCUGCUUUUUAACAUAGUAUUAAAUAUAUAUUGAAAUUUUUAUGUGCCUUUCAACAUUUCCUAGGAAGAAAUCUCACGUGUUCCUUAGCUCUCUUACCAAAAGUCCAAUAAUGUCUUUGUUAUGAAAACGAAAUAUAUACUAAAAAUAUAAUCAUCAAUUCUAAUUCCUGAUACAUUUUCAGCUGUGCCAGAAAUUCUGUAUCUGUAGCAGCCGGAAGAAUUUGAUAAUAUUUUCCCAUAUUACAGUGAAAGAAAUAGCAGUCAGAAAUAUGUCUUCCUGGUACACCUCUACAAUUAUGUAGUUAAGUAAAAAAACCAACUGUGACUAUAGUUAAUAUAACAAAAUAUAUUUAUUGUAUAUAUUCACUUCUUACACAGAUAUUCUAAAUAUAUAUUCCAUCUGAAACCAGAAGUUCUAGUUUUUUAUGAAAUCUAUUUGUGGAAACAUGGUCUUUUCAGCUUUUACUGUUAUUAAUCUGAUGCUGCAUAAUGCAUAUUGUUAAAACUUUUGAAUGGAUGUAAUCUGUCUGCACAGUUUGUAUCAUGAGAUUAAAGUGCGCUCUGUAAGGAAUAUCUGAAGAAGAGUACUUUUACCUUUCAAUUAUAUUGCAUGGCAUUUUAGCAAAUAAUCAGUAAUUCUGUUUCCUGUAUGUGCUUCAUGUGUACAUGUUCUGAAUAUAUGAAAGGAUUACUUACUGAAACGAAAAUAUUUUUCAGCACUGAAAUUAAGGUUUUUCAAACAUAAAUAGUUUAAGGUAGGAAGUAAAUAUAGUCAUUUUUGCUGUAAAAUUAAAAAAAAAAGGUAGCCUUAUGUAGAGCUGAUCAGUAUUUUUUUUAAGUGGAAGAUGGUGACAUUUUUCAAACUGAAACAUGUUCAGGGAAACGUACCUGUUUCAAUAGGAAGGUUUCCUCAGGUUCAGCUUAUACGAGAGAAUUGCCCUAGAAUAGUUAAGUGGUAAGAGUACUUAAAUCAAUGUAUGGACUUGAAUGUAGGUCUUCCGUGAUCAAAGUGAAUACUGAGCUAUAAAACCAUUGACCAUUGGUUGGACUCUAUCCAACUUUUAAAUUACUUUACAGAGAGGAUUUUUGACUGGAUUUUACCAUCUUGUAUGAAUAUCCUCUUCAUUCAGCUAUCCUGGCUUUUGUUUGAGCUUUCUGUUGUUGAGAGAGGUCUGAUUUUAUUUUUAUGCGGCAUAGAAAGAUUAUUUUACAUUAUAUUUUGGGGAAGAGACAGGAAAACUGUUUUCCUUCCAGUUUAAGUUGUUUAAUAUUAAACAAUAGCAUGCAGAAUAAAAAUGUGCUUGAAAUAACACAUCCACUAGUGAUUCCAAAGAAAAUAGCUAAGAAAAAUGUCAAUUCUGAGCUGUGCUUUUUAAAAACGUAUGUGCUUUGAUUUAGUAAGGCAGGGAAAAAGUCCUAGUGUCCAGUGCAAGUGUAUUAAUACCAGGGAUUUCUUUCUAUGCAAUAUUAUGGUGCACCUGGUUUUUUUAGGGAUUAACUUGAUUGGUAUGGUUGUUGUACUGGUGUGUUAUGUAUAGAAUAUUCUGUUAAAAAUGUCAUUAAGGAAACUGUAUGUCUUAAAUAGUGUUAUAUCUUUAGGCUCUUUUUUGUACGAUCUACUUCACUUAAUCAUACUCAUUUGAAUAACAAGACAAUAUUUCAUACAAUUGUGUAAUGAGGUCUCAUGCGUUACACUAUAUUCUUUAUCACUUUCCAGGACAAAAGGUUGUGUUACUGUUGUGAGGUUUAAUUUUUUUUUAUCUCUGUAUUUUAAAAAUAAGCAGCCAAAUUGUAGUAUACUUUUAAACUCAAAGAGCUAAUAUAUAUGUUUUUAAAGCUGAUCAAAAGUAGUAAAACCAAAAUUGGUUGGGAUUACUCGUUAAGUCCAGUGUCUAAACUGUGGUAUAACAAAUGUUUGUGUACAUCCUGUAGCAGGCUUCGUGAGGGUGUACCCUGACAUGAAGUUUGUGCAUUUUAAGGUUGAUACAAAAUGAGCUCUACCUGGGUGCGGAACCUGCCUGCAUCUGGACUGAAAUCCUUGUUGCAGUGCAGGAAAAUUGACUGCUGUGACAGAAAAUUCCUGUUCCUGGAAUGGUUUAAACAAACCUAACCUGUCCCUUGGUGUUAAACAAAUGUUUUCUCUUGGUAAUGGAGAUGCUGCCUCUUGAAGACAGUGUUCUUUAACAUGCAAGUUUUUAUUACUGUUUCUUUGAUUUACCUUGACUUUGUUUAAAAAAAGAAAAAAAAGUUGCUUUUUAACUGUGUACUUAACUAGUAAAUUAGUUUUGGUUUUAGUUUCUUCUGCAAUGUUUAUAUUUCACCAAGUAAUGUUUGUUUCUAAUGUUUGUAAAAAUAAUGUAAUAUCACCAAAAGUUCAAAAUCAAUGUUUUCUAAUAAUGCCUUGUAAUUUACCUAGCCUUACAGUAUUUCAGACAAUUUUCCACCAAAACCGCAUUUAGUCACUGGUUGUCACAAUUAUGAAAAAUAUAUAUUUAUAAACCUGUAGCUUCUAGUUGUCAUUAAAGAUUAAUGAUACAAAUUGUGAGCAUGUGGCAAAUAUAAACCUCUUUUUUAAAAUGAAAAACCAUGAGUGCAUGUAUGAAGACACGAUGCGAUGUACCUGCACAUCUGAAGACAAAUAUUUGCUAUUUGGGUCAGAUUUUCCAGUCAACUUGUCUUCAGGCAGUCUCCAUCCAGUGUUCUCUAUGGAAGGUGCAGUAUACUGAGUUCUGUUGGAAAUCUGGUCUUCUGAAGCGUAACCAUCUUUCAGGAGGAUAGGAUGAGAUUAUCGGUGGGCAUAAAUGUACAUAGCUGUCUUUACAGUCUUGUGUCGUUAACGUCGUUUCAGAUGUAGUGUAGCAGUCUGUGCUUCAGAAAGGGAUGCCUGUACUUCAGCUGUUUGUGGCUUUACUCCUUCCCAGCUUUGCAUCCUUACAGUCACUAGUAACAGUUGAAACAUUCUCAAGUGCAAUUUAACAUUUAACUGCUAAAAGCCUGUGCUAGGUGCUAGAAAGUACACAAAUAGCAGUCUUUCAGG